AUGGUUGAUAUGGUAACCGAUGGCAAUCCAGAACCGGAAUUCGAUGUUUCCAUUCAGUCGCCUAGCCCGUCCAUCGAAUCACAAGAAUAUACUUCUGAGGAUGAAGUAUUAGAAAUAUCCGAACAACCUAAUGAGAACAAUGGAGAACUCGAUCGGCGAAAAUCCACACCUGCAAGAGGCCCAGUUCUAAAUCCGCCUACCCCUCGACGCCAGGUACAGGAAGGGUCUAUUGACGGCGCUAUUCUUCCUAGCAUAGUCCAGACAAUGAACCAAGGAUCCGUCGGCAAAUCAUCAGAAACGCUACGGAAAAGCUUGGAAAGAGACUCUGGUUACGCCUCGACAUCGCGGCCUGCAAUGUUGGCUCUCUCUUCGGAGAUCACUUUCCGGCCAAACAUCGGACCACCAGUUCCAGGAACACUGAACGAGACUAGAUCUGGAUAUUACCACGAACCCCAGUCCCUUGCGUCCGACAAUGAAGAUAUAAGCUCGCAAGUAUCCGGCGACACUGACAACGAAGAAAAAAUGGCCAGUCAAGCUCUAAUCAGGGUAUUUCUCGCCGAAGAGCCUCUCUUCCGAGACUUAUGCCAGAACGCCAUAGUUCAAAUGAGCAGAGAGCGCUUUGUGGAGAAUCUGCAACGAUUAUUGAAAUCCUUUCACAAGAAUCUUUCUGCAGAAGCAGAAACCGAAGCUGAAAAGGCUGUCGCUAGAAUAUUGCGGAGCAGGCAAGGAAGGCAGCGAAUCAGCCAGCAGCUCGCUGUUCAUAUCCUAGAAGAGCAGGGAGAAGGCCUGAAGAGUGACCGGACUAUUUCUGAGAUGAAAAUAUUUAUGCGAAAAGCCAGAUCAUUCCAAGUCCUUCUGAAGGAUUUCAUGAUUAUGUUUCUCCCUUCUGAUUUGCAAUGUGUUCUUCUGUCGAUCCCUAAAAAUAACAUUUGGGUUUCACAGGAACAGGAUUUAUCGCUCAUAAAUCGGGCAAAAGGGUGGAUAGAAGAUCAAACGCAAGCAAGAUGGAAUUGGUGGCCACUGAAGCCGAGAAAACGGUUGCUCAGGGAUAGUGAAUCUCGAAUGUUCUGGCAAUGUGUCAAUGCUAAAUUAUAG